GUUCUAUCUGGCUCGAGCCCUGACCCUGUUCGCUCUGAUUCCCAUGCCAACCAUCCGGGCUCUGCUGUCUAAGCAGGUCAACGGCUCAUCGUACGGGAUCACCCUCAUCUCACUGCAGCUGUCCUUUAAGAUCGCCAGCCUGGCCUACACUCCCAUCUACACCAAGGUGUACCAGGCUACGCUGGACUGGUUCCCCGGGUUCGUCUUCACCCUGUCCAGCAUUAUCACCGUCCUGGCCACCAUACCUGUCAGCAUGGUGGGCUGCAGAUCUGGCCGGGCUGACAGUUACGAGAGGAUCCUGGGGAACUGACGGUUACGAGAGGAUCCUGGGG